UAUCAAAAAUAACUUCUUGCCCAACACUAGACAGAUUGUCAAACGGCAUAGAUACAAUAAAUGCUAACAUAAGGAACGGAAUAAAAAGAAUGAAUGAAUUAUAUUAUUUACAUACAUAGAAUGUCUUCUAUAACACAGACAAUCACCUAUCUUAUAUUAUCUAUAUAUUUUUGUUUUUGGAGAAAUAAAUAUGGCGCGCUGCUUGUGUUCGUUUUACAUUUUGCGAAAUUAUUUAUGAAAACAAUAAUGAUAAGUAACAGAAAAUUUAUGUAAAAUAGUUUUACGUACUUGUAUUAUUUACUUUUGCUAAUUUCAAAUAAUAUGAGGUAACAGGAUCUCAGAAAAUGUUUAAGCAGCAGUUGUCGCCGAGAAGCGUUCACCCUUACCAGACGACAGUGGUACCGAGAAGUGAGCAGCAGUUUGCGUCCGCUACAGAACAAAGAGCAAAGUACCCGUGGGCGGAGGAUAUUAACACGCCGGUGUAUCAAGUCACAGGCACAGACAGCUCGACAUCCGACAAUGCCUACCACAUGCCACAUUAUUACAAUGGUACUAUAAAAGAUUACGGGCCACCAUCACCUGUGUAUCAGUCACCAUAUGGUGCAUCAACAUGGUAUGGUAGUUACAAGAAGGGUGAGAAAGUUCCUGUGAGAGGAUCACCCUCUGAAGUGUACACAUUCCCGCAAUGUGCUUCAGCAUUCUCUCUACCUCUAAGUGAACCGGAGCCUCGCACACAUACUGUGAGUAGGUCACCAGUGCCACCCAUACCAUCCGUUAGUCCUGAGGUACCCAUUAUAGGAGCCUGCGGUGGUCACUGCCCUGGCUUUGAGUAUGUGUGCUAUUAUAUUUUACAGGUGAUAUUUGUGGUUGGCAUAUUGACUGGUAUAUCACUGUGUAUAGCUGGAAUUGUAUUAAGACGCACAAACCGCAAUGGUGACCUAGGAGUUUUAGUAUACAUAGGAUGCCUCUCCUCGUGUGUGUGCUGCGUGCUGCUCGGCGUGCAGUGCUGCGUGCGGCGCGAGAUCCGCCAGCGGAAACUACGCGCCAACAUGCACAUACCCAUGCAGUCCAUACAGGCAUGUUUUCAGGAACCGCCAGCCCAAGCUUGCUCUUUAUUGACGUCAACAUUACCACUCGCUCAAGUGUAUAGGCCGACAGUGACCCUGUGCGAGGAGGACGUGACCGGCGUGCCGUGGUGGCGCCGCACAACCAGAGACUGAUUAGCUUUAAGUUUAUGCUUUGUAUUAUCAAUUUUAUAACGGCAACUUGUACCAUGAUCUUGUUAUUUUAUUCAAUAUAAAGUUUGAUUUCUUAA